AUGGGUAAUAACACUUCUAGUACUAGAAAAUCAACUGCCAACAACCGGUAUAAUCUGGGCAAUAUUCGAAAAUCGUCGACUUCGACCAACAACUACCACAAUUUGGACGAGGAGUUCAGCGACUUGAUAUUGCACCAGGUAAAGCGCAAGCAGGAUGCGAAACACGGAAAGCAGAAUGAGCAGCAAGACGAACACACAGGGAUCCACACCCAGAAUAGCUCCGGCACAGAUGGGUCCAACAAGAGCAUGCAGCAGCAAUACCAUCAGUUUUCGAAUGGGUUAAUUGAAGAUGAGUUCAAUGAAUUAAAUGCGGGAUUGCUAGAUGCAGACUGUACGGAGGUGACACGGAACAUUUUACCCAAUAACGAUUACAACAGCGACGCAAUGGAUACGUCCGAAGAUCACUCAUUAUCGAGUGGGCUGUCAUUACCCCAGAGAGGCGAAACCCCGACGCCUAAUUUGAGCAAAGUGGACUUCACUAAGAUUGCGGUGGCGGCGUCAGACGCUGAGGAUGCAAACAUGAACUCGUAUCUGGCAUCACCGAUGAGCAGAAGCAACAUUUCCAACAAGUCCAAGAACGGUAGACGUAUCCCAGUCGAGAUCAAAUGGGUGAAUACAAACAAGGAGAAUAUUCUGAAGAUAUCGAUAAUUGGGUCGUUUUCGAGUUGGAGGAAAAUCAUUCACUUAUCGCAGUCAUCCCAACACGAUAACGAAUUUGUAACCACUAUCAAGUUACCGUUGGGGGUCCACAAAUUGCUCUAUAUAAUAAACAACGAAUAUAGAGUCAGUGACCAAUUACCCACUGCCACUGACCACGAAGGUAUAUUUUUCAACUGGUUCGAAGUGUUGGACGAAGUUCACCUUUUCAACCAUUCUCAAAAUCAACCAAACCAUAUUGGUGCGUCUUCAGAUUAUGAUGCCAAUAUUAUUCCUUCACUUUUAGAGGGUGAAACUCAAACUGCUGGCAGGUAUGAAGUUGACAAAAUCAGAAAGAAACUGAACAGCUUCUUAGCCAAGGUGAGUAAAAGUGAAGGAUUUCCGGAUGUUGAACAUGUGGAAUAUAUGAAUGAAGAUUCACCCGCUCCUGCGGUAACACCACAUCACGCUGACGAUUUGGCAACACAGAGACCCCACGCUGAGCGCAUGCAAUCAGAUUGCUCCACCAAUACUAAUGAAUCGAAUAAAUACGUGCCUUACCACGAACAACUAUCGACAUCAUUCUUGACGGAAUAUCAAAAGUCAGCCUUGAGUUACUCAAGCGAUAUUCCGGAGAUGUUUGUGAACUACGAUUACUUCAAGAACAAGGGCCCAGACUACGAGUUACCGGAACCACCUCAAUUACCAGCACAUUUAAACAAUGUGUUGCUAAACAAGAUGUCAUCCAACCACCAACAGAAUCACGCUCAGAACAUUCCUGUGGUUCCACCUACAAUCACCAACCAUCAACAUUACCAACAAGUGCAACAGAUACAGCCUAACCAAUAUCCGUAUGAUUACCAAACCCCAUCUGUAGCGCCCAAUAAUUCUUCCAAGAGACCUCCAUUGAGAAGAGCAGACAGUUCAUAUUAUGCUUCGAAUCAAGAGGCAUAUCACUUGUCCAUCCCUAACCAUGUAAUAUUAAACCAUCUUAUGACUACAUCCAUAAGAAAUGAUGUUUUAAUAGUGGCAUGUAUUACAAGGUAUUCAGGUAAAUUCGUUACUCAAAUAAUGCAUUCACCUGCGGAUACUUGA